GCUCACUAUUUCUCUCUCUCUCUUUCUACCACUGUGAGUCUCUGAGUGUCUCUCAGUUUCUCUCUGAAAAGUCCCGGGAUGAUGGAGCUCGAGCUGGAGCAGGAGGAUGGUUUCAGGAAGGGACCUUCUCAGAUGGACUAAGAUGAAGAUUGAAGUUUUACUGUCCACGAUCCGUGAGCGACACGGGAGCAUCUCGACAGCAGGGAUUCAAAUAUUGAAUGUCUGGGAGAUUCGGUAAAGAAACAAAAGAUACCUCUGGACAAGGCUUCAUGAUGAGGCAAAGGAAGACAGAAGUAAAAGAGGCUAAUCGAAGCGAAACAUGGAACAGGUGAUGGGGACGUAGCUACGACUUGGAUUCUGCCCUGCCUUGCUAAUUUCCCUCCCAUCAUGGUGUACGGGAAGAUCCUGCACCAAUGUGGCCCGGACGAGAACUUCCUCAACCUAAACGUGGGCGGAUUCAAGCAGAAAGUGUCUCGCUCGGUCAUUCAGUGCUUCCCACACACUCGACUUGGGCGUUUACUCCUCUGCAGCUCAGAGUCGGCCAUAUUGGAGCUGUGCGAUGACUACAGCGCCACAGAGCACGAGUUCUACUUUGACCGCAACCCUCACUUCUUCUGCUACGUGCUAAACUUUUACCACACGGGCAAAAUCCAUCUGAUGGAGGAGCUGUGCGUGUUCAGCUUCAGCCAGGAGCUCGAGUACUGGGGAAUCAAGGAGCUUUUUCUGGACUCGUGCUGCAGCGGCAAGUUUCACGAGCAGAAAGAGGGCAAUUACUGGGACCGGAACGAGGAUGACCCACUUCAAGACAGCUUUGAUUCCACCACAGAAGAGUUUUCUGAGCUGGAGAAGGAUUUGGAAAAGUUUGAAGGCACCUGGUGCUCGGAAAAGCGUAAACAGCUGUGGCUGAGGCUUGAGAAUCCAGGACAUUCUUUAAUGGCUAAGAUACUAGCGGUGAUUUCGCUGAGCGUGGUUCUGAUCAGCAUCGUGGCCAUGUGCGUUCACAGCAUGCCCGAGUUCCACCAAGUGGACUCGAACGAAAGAGAAAUGGAGGAUCCAGUUCUAGCCGCGUUCGAGACCUUUUGUGUGCUCUGGUUCACUUUUGAGUUUGUUGUGCGCUUAGCGGUAGCACCCUGUAUCCGUAAAUUUGCCAGCAACGCUAUGAACAUCAUUGAUUUUGUCUCCGUGGUACCGUUUUAUGCCACGUUGGCGCUGGAAAAAGCAGACGCUGAGGAAAGCGAGGAGCUGGAGAACGUAGGAAAGGUAGUGCAGAUCCUGCGGCUCAUGCGCAUUUUCAGGAUACUGAAGUUAGCACGUCACUCAGUUGGACUCCGUUCUCUCGGAGCAACUUUGCGUCACAGCUAUCACGAGGUCGGCCUGCUCAUUCUCUUCCUCUCCGUCGGGAUUUCCAUCUUCUCUGUGCUUGUAUACUUUGCGGAGAGGGAGGAGAAGGAAUCUGAGCUCCAGACCAUACCCAUCGGAUGGUGGUGGGCCACGAUUAGCAUGACCACAGUCGGAUACGGGGACACCUAUCCCAUCACACUAGCUGGGAAGCUCAUUGGGACGGUGUGCAUCGUGUGCGGCCUGCUCGUGGUAGCGCUGCCCGUCACCAUCAUCUUUAACAAGUUCUCUAAGUAUUAUGAGAGACAGAAAUCUCUGGUGGAGUCGGAUCAGUACGGGAGCAACUUAAAACUUCCCAUUCCCGGGAUUCCUAUAUUCAGCAUGAACGAUCUUUAUGCUAACGGUAACGCGAUCAAUUCGCUGCUGGACAGUUUGUCCACUAGAAGUAGCACAGAAUGUGAAAGAGAUGAUAAAGAACAUCAGGAUAAUGAGGACCAAACUUAUGUUACUUCAUGACUUUUUUUUUUAUUCAUUUUUUUUUUUAGAUUCAAUACUAAUUUGUAGCGGUAGAAGCAGCACACUAGUUAGCGUCAUUCCCUGUGUUCACACUUGCAGCAGCACUCUGAUGUAUUUUUACAAAAAACGUGAUGCCACUGAAGCAGAGCUAGUUUCAGUGUAAAGAUGGGUGGAGCUAGCAGGAUUUUAAAAGCAGCAUUAAUUAAGCUAGCCAAGAAAGCAUUAGUGACCAAUUAAACUUAAUAUCCACCCAAGUGUUCUAUCUAAUGUUAUACAAUUAUAACGUGAAUUAAAAUGAUUGGUUAUUAUGGGUUGUACGUCCUUUGUGCUGCACAGAGGUUAUGUAGCUACAGCAACAGCAAGUAACAUGCAGUUUUGUUACUAUGUCGAAACGAUAAAAUUGUCAAAGAUUUGCAAGUCUCAAGCAUUUGCUAAAUAAUAAAAUAACCUUAAACCAUCUUAUAGAUGAUAUAGACCAUCUUAUAUGAUUAACAAAUCAAUGUGAUUAUGGAGUGCCCUGUGUAUCAGUAAACGCAGAACAUUAGCCAACAUGAUAUCCGAGAGAAAAAUACAGUAGGUAUCUACAUACAGCGUGUCAGGUAACGAUAAUCACCCCUCAUUGUCGAGUUUUCAAAAAACAUGCGACUCCACUUCUUUGCUCAGUUGGUGGGAUCAGAGAUUCACUAUUUCCUAACGUUUUCUCACACACGUCCUGUACAUUAGCUUUCGAUCCUGUGAACUCCUCUCACUUACAAUUACUUUACAACCCUAAUGUGUGCACCUGUACCGUGUUUUGCUUUGAUUAGCUUCGUUUUAUAACGCACAAUGAUCACAGUAUGGUGUACUUGCAUUUGAACACAAACUGAAAUAAAUUUACAGAGACAGGGGCGACAUUCAUCAGGAUUUUUGCUUGACUUCUUUUCCAGAAGGUCAAUAAUUCCGAUAGAUCCAUAAGGGUAACCAGGAAGCAUGACUUUCAGAAGCUUGUAAUGUGAACACAGGGUUUUACACACAGUGGUUCACUGACUCACACUCUGAACACACUGAUUGAACACACACACACAGAGUAGUGAGGGAAUGCGUGAAGCAUUUAUAUUUCCCGCUUCAGUUCUCAGGGCGAGAAAAAGCUGUCAAUGUCUGUCUUCCCGCCUGUGAAGUGUUUUAUUGCACACUUCAACGUCUGAUCCCAUCAGUCUGAUCCUGGACAGAACAUCUCCACAAAUUCUCCAAAUGUCAGGGAAAAGAAACAUUGAGAAACUAUUUCAUGCCUUCCUUAUAUCUGCUUGUUGGAAGCCUGGAUGAAACGAUUGCAUGUGUAUUUCAGAUGAUGUGAAGAACAAGGUGAUGAUGUUCACAGGUGCGAUCGAACAGAUCUUUGUAAAGCUGCUUACAUCCUGACCUAUCCUUGACUUCUACUUUGGACCUGGUCCGUCUAUGCAAAACCACCAGACUGCAAACUGAAUACCUGAUAUGUGGGAAUGUAAUAUCAGUCCAAGGCAACAUG